AUGAUUGGAGGAGCACCGCUGCAUGUAGCAUGCGCAAAGAGAAAUUUGGAAAUAGCCAAGUUACUAUUGGAUAAAGGAGCCGAUGUAAAUUGCAUAUGGAAAAAGAAAAGAAGACUCAAGACUGAUUGUCUUGUCGACUUCAAGACAUUAGAGGAGUUUGAAGUCGCUCAUGAUUCAAAGUACGAGGAAGGCUACUCACCAUUGCACUUCUGUCGCAGUCUAGAAAUGGUUCAACUACUGUUGGAUCACGGUGCCGAUUUGAACAAAAAGACUAGCUGUGGAUACACACCAUUGCAUCAUGCAUGCAGGAAAGGCCAUUUGAAGGCAUUCCAAUUUUUCCUGGACCUGGGUGCUAACAUAGACUCAGUUGACAAACGCAACCACAUCCCCCUUACUAUGGCAUGUACCUCUGGUCAUUUCGAGAUUGCAAAGCUAUUAGUGGAUCGGGGUGCUCGUUAUAAAGAAGUCGAGGAUUCAGAGUGGACACCACUGCAUGACGCAUGUCAAUUUGGCGAGUUGGAGAUGGUUUGCCUGCUAAUAGACCAACAUGCGAAUUUGGAAGCACGGGAUAAAAAUGGCGAAACACCCUUGCAACUCGCAUGCUGUCGAGGCUCGUUGGAAAUUAGUCGACUGCUCGUAGAUCGUGGUGCUAUUGUGGAACCAUCAAAUGAAUACAACUAUACGGCCCUACAUUAUGCAUGCAAAAUGAAGGGGGAAAAUGGUUUGGAGCUUGUUCGGUUGCUUUUGGAUGGAGGUGCAAAUAUGGAAGCAAUAUCAGUUCGGGGUAACACACCACUGUACAUCGCCUGUGCCGCGGUUGUGCACCUGAAGGGGGGGGAUAAUUUGGAGCUUGCUCAGCUGCUUUUGGAGCAAGGUGCCGAUAUUGAAGCACAGACAAUUGAGGGUGACACACCACUGCACAUCGCGUGUAUCAUGGGCAGAUUGGAGAUGGUUCGGUUUCUAUUGGACCGAGGCGCCGAUGCUGAAGCAACAAAUAGUCUAAAAUCGACUGCCCUUCACUGUGCAUGCACUGUGGAAAUUGUUCGGUUGCUAUUGGAUCGAGGGGUUGAUAUGGAGGCAAAGGAUCAGAAUGGUAGAACGUGUUUGUUCAGGGAAUGUGACAGAGAUGAUAGCUCGAUUGGUCAAUUGCUGCUGGAUCGCGGUGCAAGUGUGAGCGCAAGAGAUCCAAGGGACGAGUCGACUCUAUUGCACGAAGCAUGUAGGAAUGAUCAAUCGGAGCUUGCUCGACUCCUGGUGGAUCGAGGUGCCAGUUUGGAUGCCAGAGAUUGUGAAGGAUGCACACCAUUGCAUAGGGUCUGUGAAAGAAAUCCAUUCAUGUUUUUCCCGUCAUAA